AUGCCAUUUGCUAUCUACAGCAACAACACAAAUUGCAAAAAAAUAACGGAGAAGGACAAAUUCACUGUGCAGACAGACUCCAGGUUAAGCUGUCACAGUAAUAAACAAGGAAUUGCCAUCCAUUGCUACAAAACGAAACCGCUUCUGAGUUGGUUUCAAACACGUCUCCCCACACACAAGAUAAACCUUCGCUGUGCAGCUGGUUUGAAUUCAGAUCAGGAAGGAUUUUACCAAAGGGGAGGCAUGGUGUUCUGCUGCUUGAAGUGGUUUAUAGGCUUUGGCAGUAGGGAUGUCCUCACAAAAGCUUCAAGGAGCAGUAACAGAAGCACCUCUUUGAUAUGGAGAUGCUGCUAUCACAGGACUCCAGGAAGCUUCCUGGAUCCUGAGAUGAGAGCAUUUCUGGAGGAGAACACUGAAGUCAGUAGCAGCGGGCACCUCACACCAGAGAUACGACUGCGACUUCUGACACCUCGCUGCAGAUUCUGGCAGGAAAGAGCUGACUUGUGGCCCUAUGGCGACCCCUUCUGGGCAAUCUACUGGCCAGGAGGCCAAGCCCUGUCCAGGUAUAUCUUAGAUAACCCGGAUGCUGUCAGAAUGGGAUCAGUACUAGAUCUCGGAAGUGGAUGUGGAGCAACAGCAAUCGCUGCUGUGAUGAGCGGUGCAUCCCAGGUCCAUGCUAAUGACAUCGACCCCAUUGCAGGAAUGGCCAUGGUAUUAAAUUGCGAGCUGAACAAUGUGAACCCCUUCCCUAUUCUAACUAAGAACAUCAUUGAUACAGAGCUGGACAACUGGGACCUCAUUGUUUUGGGGGAUAUGUUUUAUGAUGAACAACUUGCAAACAGUCUUCAUCACUGGUUGAGGAAAUGCAUCAGGACUCAUGGAACUAAAGUGCUAAUUGGUGACCCUGGGAGGCCUCAGUUCUUAGGCCACCGCAUUCACAGUCAAUUGCACAAAGUGGUAGAAUAUUCACUUCCUGAAUCCACUAGGCAAGAAAACAAUGGAUUAACCUCAAGCAUUGUCUGGAGUUACCAGCCCUGA